AUGCCAGCAUACGUUUCUCCAACCGAUCUUCUUGACCAUCAGCACUCUUUAUCGAUUCACGUAUCCUCAAGAUUGCCCAAGGUGAGUAAUCUUUGGCGUUGCUGGCAAGGAAGACAAGGUGGAAGUGCUGGACCGAGGGAACGGUAGGAUUUGCAGGAGAGGGGCUGGCCGCUUAGCAUACGAUGGUUGGCACGAUGGGCAGGAACAAGAAUACGGGGGCGAAUGGCAAACACGCUGGACUGAAAAAGGACUCCGCGAGCUUGUUCAAUCGUCAUCGGCAGGCCGUUUUGGAUUCCCAGAUCCAGUGGGCCUUCCCAGCAGGGUCGGCAUUGCUCCGCGCGAACAUGUCCAUCAUGCUACAUGGCGCUUGCAUGAGAGCGGGUGGGUCCAUUCCGGGCGCACCGCCUGCAAGCACACGAUUACGGAAGCCUUCGGUCUCGCUGUCUCUUCAGUCUCGCUACUGCUUCAGCCGCUCAUCCCGUCAUCAUUCCAAAAUCAUCUUCAGAUGCCGCCCAAGAAGUCGGCAAUUCUCGCUGCGGCGACCAAGACUGCCAAGAAGAAGAAGUGGUCCAAGGGAAAGGUCAAGGACAAGGUGAGUUGGCAUUGCCAUUGCUUGGGUAUGAUGCGGAGAUUUUACAUUGCGGUCACAAACAGCCUCAGAGAGACUCACCCCCGGGUACCUUUGUCUGAUCUGCUAGGCACAAAACAUGGUCGUGCUCGACAGGCCCACUUACGACAAGAUCCUCAAAGAGGUUCCCACUUUCAAGAUGAUCAGUCAGUCCACAUUGAUUGACCGAAUGAAGAUCAACGGAUCAUUGGCUCGCGUUGCCAUCCAACACUUGGUUCGCGAGGGUCAAAUCAAGAAGGUCAUUCAUCACCGUGGUCAAUUGGUGUACACCAGGGUGGGCAGCGACUAG